GAUGCAGGUAAGACCCCCCCCCCCCCGACAUAGACAAGGCCUCAGCGCCCCCGGGUAAGAGCCCCUCCCUCCUAGGUGACCCUCCACCUUCAGUGAGGCCUCCUGCCUUCUGCAGGUGAGGGACCCUCUCCCCAUGUGAACUCCCUGUACCUCAAGUGAAGCCGUCCCCCUUCGCCCAGCCGUUCAGAUGAGGUCCUAAGGACCAUCCAAUUCCUAACCCCUCCUUGCUCCCUCUAAACGAAGAACUGACAGCUCAUCCACGCUAAAGCCCCUUCCUCCAGCUUCAAUUGCCAGGUCAGCAGGGGUGGGGCUGAAAGCAGGUGGGUGACUCAUCCUGAGUUCCUCCUAGCCUCAGUUUCUCUACUCAUGCAACUUGAGGCCUCCUCAAUGAGUCUAAACUGAGACGCUUCUGGCCCCUGGAGAGGCUGCUGGCUCUAGGGAGAGGAGACAGCAGCCAAGUGUGACAGAGAGAGUCCCCGUGGCCCUGGGCGUGCCUGUAUGUGUGUGGCCCAGCUCCUGACAGCCCACUCACUUCCUCUCCGGCAGGCACUGGGCUCCCUCUGCUCCCCUUGGGCCGCUCCCCGCGUGGGGCCACUGCCCCCGGCCCCCGCCAUGGUGCGGAUUUCAAAGCCCAAGACAUUUCAGGCCUACUUGGAUGAUUGUCACCGGAGGUAUAGCUGUGCCCACUGCCGCGCUCACCUGGCCAACCACGACGACCUCAUCUCUAAGUCCUUCCAGGGCAGUCAGGGGCGUGCCUACCUCUUCAACUCUGUGGUGAACGUGGGCUGCGGGCCAGCCGAGGAGCGGGUGCUGCUGACAGGCCUCCAUGCUGUCGCUGACAUCCACUGCGAGAACUGCAAGACCACUUUGGGCUGGAAAUAUGUAGAGUCUAUUAUUAUCUCCACUUUACAGAAGAAGAAAGGAAGGCCCAGAGAUGUUAGGUACCUUGCCCAAGGUCACACAACUGGAACAGGCCUUCGAGAGCAGCCAGAAGUACAAAGAGGGGAAGUACAUCAUUGAACUCAACCACAUGAUCAAAGACAACGGCUGGGACUGACCCCUGCUCCUGCCGCAUGUGGCUCCAGCCCGGCCUGGCCGCCAGGGGGCGCCACUGGCUUCCCUCCACCCGAAGGGAGCUCUGGACCCUCAGGGCCCUUGCAGAGGAAGGAUCCAGCUCCUGUACAUAUAUAUUUUAUUGCAUGCACUGUGACCUUGGGGGGAGCUCAGAAGGUGGAUGACACCCCCGCACCUCCCUGCGAUCUGGCUGGCUUGGAUCUCGUUUUUAACCCCUUCCUGCCCCGCCUUCCCUAUAGAUAUGGCCUACGUGCUGCUCUCUUGGCCCCAGUGCACCGUCUGCCCUGUGAACUUCUCCUCCCACCGGGCCCUUCUUACCCCACGCGCGUCUGCUCCCCUUGUUCUGUAGCGUUUGUACAUAAUAAAACAAUGGAGUGGA